AUGAAUAUCACUGGAUUUCCUGUUCACACCACGGCAAGGGGGAACACCACGACCAUUCCCUGCAGCUCUGUGAGUGUUGAGAAUGGGAAUUCAUCCAGUUAUGCAUAUGGCACACAUUUUGCAGACGCAUUUGAAGUAACCACAUACGACUAUAGUGACUAUGACGAUGGUGUUUGCAAGUACAAGCCACACGGAGCCAGCUUCCUGCCAGUGCUGUACUCCCUCUUCUUCAUCCUGGGGUUUCUGGGGAACGUUCUGGUCUUGUGGGUCAUCCUGAUGGGGGUGAAACUAUGCAGCAUGACUGAUGUGUGUCUCCUGAACCUGGCCUUGGCUGACCUGCUCCUGGUCUGCACCUUGCCUUUCCUGGCCCACCACGCUACAGAUCAGUGGGUGUUUGGUGACGUCAUGUGCAAAGUGGUACUCGGCGCCUACCACAUUAGCUUCUACAGUGGCAUCUUCUUCGUCACCCUGAUGAGUGUGGACAGGUACCUGGCCAUAGUCCAUGCUGUGUACGCCAUGAGAGCCAGAACACGGAAGUACGGGGCCAUCGCUGCUGUCGUGACCUGGCUGGCUGGAUUCCUGGCCUCGUUUCCUGAGGCACUGUUUCUUAAAGUGGAGAAACACAACGAGAAAGAAAAUUGUCGCCCUGUCUAUGAUGGACACACUUGGGGAAUUUUUGGCCUUUUCAAAAUGAACACACUUGGUCUGCUAAUCCCCCUCGUCAUCAUGGGGUUUUGCUACACACAGAUAGUGAGAAGGCUGCUCAGUUGUACAUCCUCCAAAAAGCAGGCCAUCAGACUCAUUCUCAUUGUGGUUGUGGUGUUUUUCUGCUGCUGGACUCCGUACAACAUGACGUCAUUUUUCAAGGCCUUGGAGUUAAGUGAGGUCUACUCAAGCUGUGAGAGUAGCAAAGCCAUCAGACUCACUCUACAGAUCACAGAGGCCAUGGCCUACUCCCAUAGCUGCCUGAAUCCCAUCCUCUAUGUGUUUGUGGGGCAGAAGUUUAGAAGGCCUCUCAUAAGACUGAUUAACAAGGCUCCCUGCAGGAUGUGUCAGUUCAUGAAAAACUACCUGCCCUGGGACUUCAGAGCCUCGAGGACAGGAUCUGUCUACUCACAGGCCACUAGCGUGGACGAGAGGUCUAUUGACGUGUGA